ACCCUAAAACCACCCCCUCAUAAAACAUCUUUCGGGUCCUGUUCAACAUGAGAAAGGGCACUGGAAAAAACUCAAAUUGUAAGGUACUUGGGCCCUCUGGGUUAGGCCACCGGCAAAUGCAAUGUGCAUCUGCCGGAAAACUAACCAGAGAGGACCCCAACAUAACAUUUGCGACGUAUUCUGGCCUUGAUAGUCAUAUCCAGAUUGCGUUUUAUUGCCUUUCUCCAGGUGCCUAGCUAGAAUCAAGACGUAGAGCACGAGAGUGAUAAGAUGGUGCAUGAGGGAAAAGUACACCCGGAAUCCACUUACAAGGAUGAGGCCAUAUACAAUGUACAUGAAAUUGAUCAGGAAAAAGCAUACAAAGAAUACCACAUUCCUCUGGCCAUGACAAUUUCUAAGAAGAAAGUGUUGUAUGAAUUUAGGUCCAAAGUGGAAGAUGCAAUUCAGAACGGUUACAUCUUAAAAAAAGAGACGUUUCACUAUGAACACGCUAAAAAGGAUGAAGAAUAUCUUAAAGAGCUUAAAAUUUGGGGUGUUCCAUUGUUGCCUAGCAAAGGCCAUGAGGCAACUGAUGCUGUUCUGAUGAAAUUCUUGGAAGCUAGAUGUUUCAAAGUCUCCGAGGCCUUCCACUUGCUCCAAAGAACGUUAACAUGGCGAAUGGAAAUUGACAUGGAAGAACUUCUACAAGAAAAACUUGGUUCUGAUCUUGAUAGACUUGGACGUAUUGGCGAUACAAAGGCAAUCAAAGGCCAGUCUUUAUGUUACAAAUUUUAUGGAAUUUACAAGGACAAAGAUUUGUACAAGGAAAGAUUUAAUUCAGACGACAAGUAUGAAGAUUAUUUGAGAUGGAACAUACAAUUCAUCGAAAGGUGUGUCCAGACAAUAGAUUUUAAACCUGGAGGCACAAAUUCUAUCAUACUGAUAGUAGAUUUGAAGGAUGCACCAACUCCAUUGAUAAAGGAGCUCCCCAACCUGCACAAGAAAACAUUGGCUCUUUUUCAAGAUUAUUAUCCUGGAAUCAUAUAUCGACAUCUAAUUUUAAACGCUCCCCUCUGGCUUCUGACGUUCCAUGCAUUACAAGUUCGGACCUUGACAAACAGAAAUUACGGGAAGUUUAUCUUUGUGAGGCCAUUUAGAGUCAGCAAGACCCUUCUCAAGUUUAUAGCCCCUGAAGACUUGCCAGUUCAGUAUGGUGGCCUUAAACAAGAGAGCGACGAGUUAUUCCCCUCUAACCACAAAAUUCUGAACCGAAGAGUGAAAUCUGGUACCAAGGAAUGUAUUCAGAUUCCAGUAAAUAAGGCGGGAAUGACUGUUUUGUGGGACUUGACUGUGGUUGGAUUCGAGGUGAGCUACAAGGUAGAAUUUGUCCCGGAUGACGAUUGCUCUUAUCAGAUUUUGAUUCAGAAGGAAAAGAAAUUGGGAAAAACUAUCAGAAAUUCAUUUCAUGUCAGGGAACCUGGGAAAAUAGUUAUACAAAUUGAAAAUGCAACAUACACAAACAAAACAGUUUUCUGUAGGCAUUUGAUUCAACCUACUGUGACCAAUUUCACAUGGACAAAAAAUGAUUAGGAGAAACAUGUGCCUUCAUGUUCUUUUUGAUAGUCUGUAUUGUGGAUAGAACUCUUUGCUUAGUAAAUAUUUAAUCCUUGUGAAAUGUACCGAGAAAUAUACAGAUUCAUCGGCUCUGUCCACUGCAUAAGACUCGCAUCAACAAAGUUCUUGAUAUGCACAUUCUUGCUAGAAAUUUUCAUAUU